UAUAGACACACACGAACAUUGAGGGGGGAGGAAAGCAACCUUCAGUCAUGCCCAAAGCUUUUUAAGGGAACCCACAGAUGUGUGUGCGUGCGCGUGUGUAGGGCAAACUGCUGACGCAGGAGGAAAAACACACCCAGUUGAGAAUCACUGUGUGCAGGAGAGCAGGAACUAGCUCAGAGGCCCUGGGAACCACAGCGCCAGCACGACAGACCGCUGAAGGAAAUGAAUGCCAACUGUAACUCAGAGGCAGCGCAAUAAAACAAAGCAGCCAGCCGACAACUUCCAGCACGAAGAGCUCUGCCAGGGAAGCAGUGGGAAACUUUUUCUGAAACAUUUUUUAGAGCCUUAGAAGAAACCUGUUGGAGCACUCCAACCCAAACUGAGUGCCUCGGAUAAACUUCUUAAGCUAUGAAGCCAGACUCGGUUGCCAUGAUGGAGCUAAGUGGCCUGCAUAAGCAAGGUGCCGUGUGCAUCUUUGGCACGGGCAACUUCGGCCGCUCGCUGGGGUUCCGUUUGCUCCAAGCGGGUUACGAGGUCACCUACGGCUCCCGCCACCCAGGCAAAUCAGCGUUGCUGCCCAAGGGAGCAAAGGUCACGACCCAUGAGGAGGCACUGCAGGAGGCACAGGUGAUAUUCCUGGCAGUCCACCGGGAGCAGUACGGUUUCCUGGCAUCGCUGAGCCCCGCUUUGGAGGGCAAAGUCUUGGUGGAUAUCAGUAAUAAUGUGAGGAGGGGUCAGUACCCAGAGUCCAAUGCUGAAUACCUGAGGAAGCUGGUCCCAGGAGCUGUGGUCAUCAAAGCCUUCAACACCAUCUCAGCUUGGGCACUGCAGGCAGGGGGGCUGGAUGCCAACCGACAGGUGUUAAUCUGCGGCGACUGCGCCAGUGCUAAGCAGGCCGUGGCCGACAUCGCCCACGGCCUGGGGCUCGCCCCGCUGGACCGGGGCUCCCUGCGUGCGGCGUCCGAGCUGGAGGACAUCCCCCUGCAGCUGUUCCCGCUGUGGCGACUGCCCCUCCGCCUCGGCGCCGGCCUGCUUGCCGCUUUCUUCACCUACAACGUCAUCCGCGACGUCGUGCACGCCCGCGUCACCGACGGCAAGGACAGGUCCUUCCGCAUCAUGAUCUCCCUGGCCAACAAGGCCUUCCCCGACGUCGCCCUGGUGAUGCUGUCGCUGUGCUACCUGCCGGGCGCCAUGGCGGCCGUGCUGCAGCUGCGCAACAGCACCAAGUACCGCCGCUUCCCCGAUUGGCUGGACCGCUGGAUGCUGUGCAGGAAGCAGCUGGGCCUGCUGGCGCUGGCCUUCGCCGUUCUGCACGUGCUCUACACACUGGUCAUUCCCAUCAGAUACUACGUCUUCUACCGCAGGGCUACCAUCUACGUCGGCCUGAUGCAAGAGAAUAAGACCUUAGAGUUCAACAACGUGAUGGCAUGGCGUUCCGACGCCUACCUGUCCAUGGGAAUGCUGGGAUUCGCUCUGUUUGUCUUACUGGGAAUCACGUCCCUCCCAUCCGUCAGCAACUCUCUCAACUGGAGAGAAUUCGGCUUCAUACAGUCUAAACUAGGUCAUACGACGUUGCUACUGUGCACGGCUCACACCUUCCUGUACGGCUGGGACAAUUUCCUGCAGCCGUCCGCCUACAAGUGGUUGACGCCAAGGAGCUACAUGCUGGCCCUGGUGGUGCCCUGCGUAGUGUUAGCGCUGAAGGCGGUGCUGAUCACGCCGUGCGUCGACCGUGCCGUCGGCCGCAUACGGCAGGGCUGGGAGAGGGAGGGCAAAGGUCGUGCCCCUGAAGACAACGCCAACAACCACCUACCACUCAUUCUGUAGACGUUGUGAGAACUUCGUGGUGACGACGGUGCGCUUAGUGGAACCCAGCGGUCCUCCAGUGGAGAAAAAAACCCCGAUAAUCUCUCCCCACUUAUUAAAAUAAGAGUCUGACACAGGUUCUUCUCUCCUGUUGAUUACUUUAAAGUCACCACGUUGCUUCGGUCUCGUAUGUCCUCUUGUUAUAGCUAGGCAGUAUUGCACGCAAAAAUGAAAACGCAUGCAGGUUUAAGCCUUUUUUGAUAUCCGGACAUUGAUUCGCGCUGGUAAAGGAGUCGUGCAGAAUAUUCGUGAAUAACAAUAUUCGCCGCUUUUGACAGUCUAAAGGAUUUGGCAGGGUCUUCUGUAACUGUUACUCUUUUUUUAUGGCACGGGUCUCUGUAGCGGAUAAGGCGUUUAACGAUAUCUUCUUGAGUCCCACUGUUCCUGAGCUGCUCCUCCCCGGCGGAUCGUCCUCUUGCGAUUUCUUCGACCCAGAAGUGGGCAGUAUCUUCCCACUCUGCAUGUCUCUGCGUCUACCUCCUGUCUAUUUUCCUUGCUCUGCGGAUUAGAAAAGGGCAUAGGUCAAGAAGAAUACGGUUAAUAAGAAGGUCAAGAAAAUAGAGUUCAUUUUUUAAAUUUACUGUUUGAAGCAAACGUUACUGAAAUACUGAUAACAAUAAUCUUGUGAGCCAAAGAUUUUUCUCAUGAAAACCUUACGUCUUAUUGUUUGUGAAUUUGUCUUCUAGUUAAAAUUUCUUCCAGCGAACAUUUCGCCUAGUAGUCCUUUCCAGAAUUCAGUGGUGCUGUUAUCCUCUUUAUCCUCUUUAGAUUAAGAAGAGAAGUGAGUAGCAAUACAACCACUGAAACGAAAGUUAUUUUGCAGUAGUAAAAUAUUCCCAUAAUAAAAAAUUCGGUUCAUUGCUUCACCUUCUACUAAUAUGGGGAGUCUGGCAUGUAAUGCAGCGGAUGUUAAUGUAACCAAUUAUUAUUUUUAUAAUUAACAUUUAAUAAUAACACUGUGUUUAAUAACAUGUAAUAACAUGUGACAUAAUGGGACUGUUGAGAUCUUUUCAGGGUCAAAAAGCGUGCACGCAUGACAGUCUCUCAGGGCUUUGGCUUCAGCUAAGAUUUGACAUCGCUUCUAUCAUGUGAUUUACGACAUGCCAAAUUUCGCAAAUUGUUGUGACUGACUGUGCAUUGCAGGAGUUUUGCAUUGCUAUGCCUUACUGUGCCGUGCAGGAAUAUUCACUAUUAUUUUAACUCGGUUACAUGGCAUUUUUGAGUAGAAAGUGCAAUUUAUCAAAUUCCCUGAACCCUGUUGGAUAUUGUAUUUGGAGAAAUGCCGUGACAUUAAAAAAAGACACCAAAGCUCCCCCUCCGCCACCUCGUUGGCCAGUUUUUCUUGUUGGUGGAGGGGGGGGUUUGUUUUUGUUUUGUUUUUUUCCUUCAGUUUCAGAUUUCUCUAUUACAGAAGUUCUGAGUGAGUCAAAAGUGGAGCUCAUUGGCUUAGCAGGUAGUCCUCCUGUGGCUCAUAUAGACACAGCACCACUGAAGUCACACUGACUGUGGAUGGGCUGCCUGACUGACAGAUGUUACUUCGCGGUGUAUAUAGAUCACUGCACACUCUUCUAAAAUUGGACGCAAUGCUGAGCCUCAGGCAGAGGUUCUGAACUUUUUUGAUCUGGCCACAGGAUUGCUGACUCAAAACACAAGGGUGUUCUGUUUGUCGUCUUGCGUCGUUGUGAAACAACACUAUACAGCUCUGUGGACUUUUUAUAUCUUUAUGUUUUUGUAUUUUGUUCAUGCACUAUAGGCCAUUGAACCUUUCUGUCAAUUUAUGUCAAAAAAGCAACUUCCCUUCUUUCCAAGAGGCAUCUUCUAUGAAUUUCUUAUUUCUCUGUUAAUAAAUGUGCAUAUCUGACA